AUGCUGAGCGAGCGCAUCCCGCAGCUGGCCCCAAAUGUGAUUGAUGUACUCACAAUUAUUCCGGUAGACGAAAUCGCGGACAAGGGAAUUCGCUACGUGCGCAGCCUGGUGGAUGAAACGGGAGCCAAGACCAAGUGGGAUACGUUUUGGCGCUACUUCAAAAACACCUGGAUGAACAGCUACGGUGGAACGUCAACAGCAUGCGGGCGGGAGGGAUUGACCUGA